CGAGCGCCCGGGCCCCUCGCGCCGCCGCCCCGGAGCCCCGCGCCGCGCGCCGAAGCCGCCCGCGCCGUCCGUGCGCCCCUGCACCCCGCGCCCUCCGAGCCGCCGGCCGUCCAGGGCACCCCCUCAGCCCCAGCCUCCACCGGGCGGGGAUGGCCGCAGCCCGCGGCUGAGCGAGCCCGGGGGAACCCCAUGGGCCGGCUCGCGCCGCGGCCGCCCCGCGGCCGCCCCCUCCGGCCCGGGGCCCCCCGGGCGCCGCGGGCCCAGGCGGCCCGGAUGGCGGUCGCGGCGGCAGGGGCAGGGGCUGGGGCCGACGCGGGCGGCAGGCGCGGCUGCCACUGACGGCUAAUCGGGCGCCCGGAGCAGGUAAGCAAGGGCAGACGGCGGGCCCGCGCGGUACCGGCGCGGGGGGAGGACCGGCCCCAGGGACAGAGAUUGGGAGGGCUUCCAGGGACUCCGGGUAGAUCGGUAGUUUCCCGCCUCUAGCCAAGAACCAGCGUGUGUAUGAGGGUAUGGUCAAGGGGCGACAGGUCCGCGCGUGGCAGGGGCGCGGGGAGCGGGAGGGCGAUCUUAAGCUUCUCUCCAACCCAGGGUCUGGCCAGGAGAGGGGGGGUUCCCUGUCCGACGAGGCGGGAGCGCUUCUGCCUUCUCGGACGCCCUUGGGAGCGUCUGGAGAGGGGUGGAAGCUGGGGCAGCCGGAAUCCCCUCCCCAGCCUCUAGGAGGGCGAGACCCAGACACCCCUUAUGCCUUGUGGUCUACAAGGGGCCGCGGGGGGCAUCCGGAUCCCGCAGACCCUGGGCGGAGGGCUGCCGUCGCGGCCCAGCUGCACGCAGAAGUAAACAUCUGUCAGCGGCGCGUUCCAGCCGCGUUCCCUGCGCGCCGCCGCCGCUGCCGCCGGGGACACGGUGUCCUCCGGACUGCUGAGGUUCGGGCUUCUGCAGCCACUCCCAGCGACCUGCAAAGAGCUAGUUCCAGGGGUGCAGGGAAGAAAACAAAACAUGCCCCCCUGCAGCUGGGCACAGUGUCUGAAAUUCCACCAUCACUGCUUGUCCCUCAGGUUAUAGGCCUUAGUUUUCAGGGGGGUGAGAAGAGGAUAUAGCUUUCAAGAGCCUGGAACAGGAGAGGGAACCAAACAGUCUGCAGCCAGGCACAAGGACACAAUCAAGACAUUGUUUCCACCAAUGUUUGUUGGACAGCGAUGAUGUGCGUGACUCUGUUUGGUGUCAGGCUCCUGGGCCUUGUCCUUCCAGACUUGAAUCCAGGGUGGAGCCCAGAGUGGGGAGCAAAGGCACUGCCUCAGGGUAGGAGGGUCAGGGGAGACUUCCUGGAGGAGGGGCAUUGCAGCUGGGGCUAUGAAGGAUGAGUAGGAGUUCUCUAAAUGGGAAAGGCAAGGGCAUUCCAGGUGGUGGGAACUGCAUAUGCAAAGAUCUGGAGGCAGGAAAUAGCAUGGAUGAUUUUGGAAAAUCCAGGGUGCCUGGGGUGACCAUGGGAGGGAGAGACUUUUCUGAAAGGUUGACAGAGGGAGAACUGUACUGGGGCCUUCAAGGACGGAUUCCUAGAGAUGGGGGCUGGAAACACAGAGAGAGGAACGGGUCUUUAAUGCAUCUGGCAUCCCUGGGCCCAGCUGUCUUUGCUGAGAGGCUGUGGGAUUCCUCUGCAGAUGCAAUUUUCCUGGUCCCCCAAGGUGGGGCAGAGGGGUCUGGGGCCCUCGAGGGGAGAUAGGGUCUUCCCUCUGCCCUGUGAGCAUCAACUGAGCAGGCGCCAUGGGAGGCUGGUUCUAUUUCGCAGCUGAGAAAACUGAGGCUGAGCGAGCUGGAGGGAUCUUUCCUUAUGCUCAAUGUAAUUAAUUCCCAAGCCCUAAGCUACUGUGUGCCAAGCUGUGUAGUAGGACGAAGCAGAGAACAAGACAGGCCCGGUGCCUGCUGCACUUGGCAGGGCAGGGGUGCAGGUUAGGGGGUGGACAGGAGGCUUUCAAACCAGCCAGCCAGCCUCCUGGACUUUCAGGAGAGGUAACAGCCGCAAAGUAAGCCUGAAUGGGGCCUGGGACACUUCGGCGUGGGUGUUCAGGAGCGGAAAGAUCUUCUUCAAAUCCAAGUGAACUCAGGCUUUGGCUGGUCCUGGAAGAAAUCCAGCAGGUGGAUCUCACAUCCCAGUUGAGGAAACCGAGGCCCAGAGAGGGGCCGUGCUGAAAGAGCUCAAUGUGUCAGGGACCCAAGGCAGAAUUUGAACUUGGGGACAUGGAAGAGGUGACUUAGGUCCCCUGGUUCCUAGGAAACCAGUGUGAGGGUUUGAGUUGCAUUGGGGUCUGUGCCUUGGUUUCCCUUUCUGUCAGAUGGUCAGCUUUGUGUGGUGUCCUCCUGGCCACUCCCGGAGGACCCACGUCCCUCACACCACCCACCGGGCCCCAUGCCAGCUGCUUAGCCGUGCCAGGCCUCAUUAGGCUGAUCCUGUUAUUGACCCCCAGGGAGGGCCCCCUGCCCGCCCCAGAUGCCUGCGAGGCCGGUCCCAGACCAGCCUGGCUAAGCCAGACCCGCCUGGUAUGGUUGAGGUGGGAAUUUUACGGGCCAGCUGCAGAGGGCCGGGCCAGAAACGGCGGGUCUGAAAAGCUAGUGGCCCCAACACACACACACACACACACACACACACACACGCGCGCGCAUGCUCCCCGGCCCAGCCUUCCCAAGAACACGCCCGAGUAGCGGCCGGUACAGGAAGAGGGCUCCAGGCACUGGUGGGGAAUGGAGGGCUGACCCUGCUGGGCACAGGACACCCCCUUAUCUUUCCUCAUCUCCCUGUGCUGUCCCCUGGCCGUUUGCUCUGGUCACACCGGUCCCCUUGAAAAGCCAUCAUCCUGCCUCUGAGCCUUUGCUCGUGUGGUUCCCUCCACCUAGAACACUCUUCCUAGAUCUUCAUGUGGGCUCAGCACAAAUGCUGCCUCCUCUGGGAAGCCCUCCUUGACCACUCAGCUUAAAAGCAGCACCAGUCACUAUCACUUCACCUUGUUUUAUUUGGGGGCUGUUGUUGCACUGUCAACCUCUAAAUUACCUCGUUUCUUUUCUUUCUUUCUUUCUUUGGCUGCGUGGCUUGCGGGAUCUUAGGUUCCCCAACCAGGGAUCGAACCUGGGGCCCCAGCAGUGGAAGCGCUGAGUCCUAACCAGUGGGCCACCAGGGAAUUCCCUAAAUUACCUUCUUUCUUUCUUUUUUUUUAUUAUCCAUCUCCCUGAUUGGAUGGUGAGCUUGGCGAAGAUGGGGGCCCAGGUUGGCCUUGGUCAUCCUGAGUUCCCUGACUAGUGCAGCACACAGUAGGCACUCAAUAAGUGUUGGGUGAAUAUGUUGGGAGCAGAACCCAGCCUGGCACACUGGGCUUUCUGCCAUGUGGGCCAUCUGUUUACUUGCUAGUUCUGCUCUGCUGUGUGUCUUUGAGAAAACCUUUUACUUCCUUGGAUCUCAGCCCCACUGGCCUCCCAAGCAGCAAGACCCUGCUUCUCCCUUUCCCCCCAGCAUCACCCUCGUUACUGGGGUUGUGGAGACACUGAGAGAACAAGUUUAGAGUCAGACCCAGGUUCAACCGCAGCUCAGCCACUUAAUUUCUGUGUGACCUUGAGUGAGUCACUCUACCUCUCCAAGCCUCAGUUUCCCUGUGUGGUAAAUGGGGCUAAUAAUAAUAAUAACAUCUUUUCCAGGGACUGCGGGGAUAAUCAAACAUGUGGAAAGCACUUAGCAGAGUGCUUGGCACUAAAUAAAUGGAAUAGCCAACACUGCCAGGUGUUAGUGUUAUUAUUCUUGGUCUUGUUGUUGUUAUUAGGGAGGCCAUAUGGUACAGUGGUCAAGAAUGUGGAAGAGGGGGCAUUGAGGCUGGGGCUUUGAGGGAUGAGUAGGAGUUUGCCCAACCACCUGAGUUCAAAACCCAGCUUGGCCAUUUACGCUCUGUUGGACCCUGAGGAAGUCACUUCAGUCUUUUGGACCUCAGUUUUUCUGUCUACAAAAUGGUGAUAAAAUGGUCCACACCUUUCUAUGAGGCACUACAUGUAAAGUGCUCAGAACAGCACCAAUGGUGUUGUUUGCUAGUGUUAGUAUUAGCUAAUUUUUUUUACUACUAUUAUUAACACAAAGCAGCCAACACAGUCUUCCCCAGAAAUCACCCUCUCUGUAUGUCCACCCCUCAGCCUCACUUUGGCAAAGAUAGACCCAGAUCCCCUUAAGGCAAGCUCAGGACCCGCGACUUGAUUCUCAGAGUAGCAGGGAGCCAGCAAUGGUUCUAGCGAUUGGGCAGCAGGCAGCUCCUGGACUGGGGGAAGAAAAGGAGAUGCUGGGCUCCCACCUUUGGGCAGGCCUGGAAGGUUCUGCUGGGGGUGUCUGUGCCUGCACCCUCCCAUGAGGCCGCCCCACAGGCUGGCCCCCGACCCCCGCAGAUGUGACAUCGGAACCAGCUGUGCUAGCCAGAUGUUCCUGGUUUACCCCCAGAUGUGCGUCGCCAGCUUGCGCCUGCCCCGGCCUCCCGGUUCCCACCAUGGGGUAGGGCUGGGCCCUGGGCCCUACAAGGGAGGGGGCACAUUUCUGUGGCCUGUGGAAUUUGUUUCUUGUUUUGCAGAACCAUUGAAUCUUGUCUUGAGAGAGGCGCAAGUCCCGCCCCUCAUGGGGCCUCAGUUUCCCCAUUAAUGGAACCCUAGGGAACCCCCUGGGGCCACCUGGGGGAAAGGAGAUGAACAGGGCUGCCCUGGGAAUGGGCCCAGCUGCCAGCCCCAGACCUGUAACACUGAUGGAGGAAACGGAAUUAAGGGCGUGCAAGCACGUGUCUGAUGCUCGGGGCCUAGCUGCUGCAGGACAUCGGCCAGGCCUGCAGGACUUCACUGAAUGAAACGGCCCUGCAGAUGAGCAAGGUGUCCUGUGCAGCCCCUUGUACAGAUGGGGAACUGAGGCUCCAAGAGGGGGAGGAGCUUGCUCCCACGUUAUCCAGCCAGGAAGAGGCAGAUGGGGGUGCGGAUUCAGCUGUCUGCACCCCAGGUGCCACAGCAUUCGAAAGUAUCCUUCCUCAGGGCUGGCCCACAUGUGCAGGCCGCCCCCACAGCUGCCCAUGUGGCUUCCCAGCCUGGCUCGCUCUGCCUGUGGGCAGUGAUGACAGCCCCACAAGCCACCCGCUCAUUCCCACAGUUCUGGGCAGCCCGCCUCAGGCCCUUUCUGAAGUUGGGGAAACAGAGGUAUAGGAGGACCAGAGACAUGUCUGGGAGUGAAGUGCAGAGGAAGAACGGUGCUCGUGGAAGGAGGCACCACAGCUCCACCUGGCAACGGUGGAUGGAAUUACCAAAGCCCGCCCUUGCCUUCAGAGGACCCAGCCCAGGGUGCCCCUCCAGAAGCACCUCCACCGUCCAGCAAAGACAGACGUGGACACAGACACUAUUUUGGCAGAACUGGGCAAGAGGGAGGGAACUGAGGCUGGGAGGGGGCAAGAUGGGGAGCAGGAAUGGCUUCCUGGAGGAGGGGCUCUAAGAGCUGGGGCUUUGAAAGAUGAGUAGGAGUUUGCCUGAUGGAGCCAGGCCCUGAUUCCAGGCCUCCCCAGACUAGAGAGAUGAGUGGAUGGAAGGAGGGUUCCCCUCCCCUCCUUCCUCUUCCUGGGAACAAGCAUGAAGUAGUUUCCUUCCUGAGGUCAGGAGCUCUGCAGGACAAAGGCUGUUGACCCCAUGGACAGGCAUGCCUGGCAGGUGUUCCCUGGGAAGCUCGAUGGAAAGGUGGAGCCCUGGAACUUAGCCAGGACAUCAAGAUAAUAAGCAGUGUUUCCUGGUACCAUCAAGGAAGCUGCCAGAAACACCCACACACCCUCACCCUACUUCUCUGCUCUCUGAAUAACUGGAGGUUUCCACCUGGCUGUGUCUGUGGGCUUACUCAUCUCCCCUGAGCCUCAGUUUCUCCUCCUUCCCUGCCCCAGCCCCGGGCACUCUGUGGCCUCCAGCUAGAAGUGGAAGUCUAUCCCAGAUCCCUCUUGCUGCACUUCAGACGGGCCUGGCCCCCAGGAAGGGAGGUGUCCCCUUCCCUGGGCAGUGAGGAUUCUCCAGGGUCUGGACAUUGUUGGGUUGGGAGGGGACCCUGGGCCAGGCCCUGUCUGGGCAGAUGGGUGGCACCUGAAAUGCCAGCAGGUGUGGGGCUGGGCUGGGUACCAGUAGCCCUUUCCCCUGGGUCACUCUGCCCCCCCCCACUUCCCUUCUUCACACUUGCAGCCUGUGUCUGUGCCUCUCACUCUCCCCCCAGAAUCUUUGCAGCCGAGGGCCCGCCAGCACUGGCAAUGUGUUCAUGUGUGUGCCCCCCGGGUGUGUGUGCACGUGGCUGGAAUGCGGGAUGCAGGUGAUGAUGGGCACGCCCGUGCACGUACAAGUUCAAGUUCAAGUGCUCACAGGAGGGCUUGGAGGAGGCAUGUGUGUGGUGUGCCCAUUCUCUGUGUCAGUGUGCAAGAGACAAUGUAUCUCUGAGUGUGAAGGUGCUUGAGUGUGUGAGUGUGAGUAUCGAGGGUGUGCAGGAGCUUCCACGGGCACGAGAGAGUGUAAGGGGUGUGAUUGGGGGAGCUCCUGAGUGCUAGUCAGAGGGUGUGUGUGCACGUGUGCAAAUGCUAGUGUGGGAGUGGUAGCACUCGAUCGAGGGUGAUCAUGUUUGUGCAUAAAAUGCCCACGUGUGAGAGUGAAACACACUAGCAUGUGAGUGUGGUGGUGUUCAGGUGUGUGAGUGUUUGAGGGUGUGUGAGAACACUGAGUGUGUAAGCGGGAUGGCAUCUGAGCGUGCAAGAGCCUGUCGGAAUAUGUGAGCGGGGUAGUGUCUGAGGGUGUGUGUGCAACAGUGUUUGGGCACAUGUGAGAGGGUGUGUGUGUGAGUGGGUCAGAGCGUAUGUGAGCAUGGGAACGCUGGGUGUGAGGGUGAGCCCCCAAGUGUGCCGUGUGAGUGCCCGCCUCCCCUUGACACAAGCACACACAUCGUGCACACCUGGUCCCCUCCCUGUGCCCUCCACCACACCUGCUCCCUGUCAGGUCUGUGCCAGAGACAAACCAGUUGGGUGACCCCCAUACAGAAAGGCCCAUUGUUAACAGACGCUUAUCAGCUAUGUCUGCCGGGCCCCCUCCAACAGCGGCCCCCUGCUUUCCUGCCCCCCAUCAAAGCUCUGGGGGGUCUGCGGCUCCAAGGGCUCCCGUGGCCGGGCCAUCUCAGGGCUGGAGACCCAUCUACCCUCUCAGCCCCCUGUUUUAGGCCGGCGCUGUGCAGAGGUCUUGUUCCAGUCUAACAGGGAAACCGAGGCACGCCACUCCAAGACUUGGGUGUGAGGACAAGCAGGGUGCAGAGUCCAGAGAGGGCGUUGCCCACCUGAGGUCUUGAGCCUGGGUGGGUUUCCCUGCCUGUCUCCCCUUCCCAGGUUGGGUGAGGCCACUAGAGUUCUAAUCUCAGCUCUGUGACCCUGGGCAAGUCACUUCACCACUCCGGGUCUCAGUUUCCCCAUCUGUAAAAUGGGGACAAGGACUCGUGAGGUUGAAAUGACUUAAUAAUACGCAUUAAGUUUGUAGAUUGGGAUCUGGCAUAAAGUAGGGGCUCGUUAAGAGCAAAGGCAGUGGGUUUGGGCACCUGACAAAUGCAAGGGCUGACCUCAGCUUGCUGCACAACCUUGAGAAUGAAAUCUCCUCCCCGCAGCCCACAGGCCGUGCAUGACCUGUCCCCAUCCCCUCCCUGCCCUCACCUCCUCCCGCGCUCACUCUGCUCCAGCCACACGGGGCUGCCUUGAUGGUUCCUUCAACAAGCCAGGCAUGGCCCUGUCCCAGGGCCUUUGCACUUGUGCUGUGUCCUCAGAUCUCCAGGCUGGGCCAGGGUUUGCUUACAUGCUCCCAUGUCGGGGAGCUCACUGUCCAUCACCACCCCCAACAGUAAUAAUAAUGGCGUAUCAAAUACCACCAAUAGUGUAAGGUCCUGGGAAUAACUCCACAGAAUUUGCUCCCCCCCAUGUGGUGUGUGUUGUGUCAAAGAACCAGGGUGUGAAUCCCAGAUCCUUUCCUAGCUGUGCCCUUGGCCGAGCCCCUCUGUUUUGUGCCUCAGUUUCCCCAGCUGUAAAAUGAAGGUUAUAAUGCCUCCUUCGUGGUCUCAGCAGCUGGUCUGGUACACAGCAGGCGCUUAAUAGGUGUCCUUUGUUACUUACUGUCUGCCAUAGCUCCAGUGCCGGUGCAUCCAUGGGGCGGGGGAGAGACGGUUCCAGCCUUACUGCUCUUAACCACGCUCCACCCCACCCCCGCGCGCCACCACAUGCAAAUCACAUGCAAACGAGAUGCAAAUAGAACGCAAAUAACUGCUCAGCUCAGCUCGGGCCAGCUGCGCGGCCCGAAACACGCGCGUGGGGGCGCCCCGCAUCCCGCGGCCAAGCCCAGGCGCUGACCGCCGUCCAGCCGGGCUUUCAGCUCUCCGUGUAAAUGUUUACACCGGGCUGGCCGCCAGGCCCCGCAAGGGCCGACACCAGGCAGCCGGGCAGGGAAAUGUAAACGCGGGCUGGAGGCCGCUCAGUGGCGGGGAGCUUCUCGGAUAGGGUGGAGGUGUGGAGGUGCGCCUGGGUUAUUAAACAUCUACUGCGAGAACGACGCGACUAGGCAGCCACAACACUGAGUAAUCGGUGCCCUAAUGGGGGACGCUUAGGACAUUGUGGGGGCCCAGAGAGUGCCCCUGCGCCGGCCUGGGGCUGGGGGGUUGGAGCAGUCAGGGAAGGCUUCCUGAGGGAGCCGCCGUCCAAGCUAAGACUGAAAAUUUAAUGGGAGUGGGAAGCAGUGGAGAAGAGAAUGUUCUGGAUGGAAGAACCCGCUUGUGCAAAGGCCUGGAGGUGGGUCGAGGAGAGCUGUAGUCCUUUGCUGCCCACUUCUGGGCAUUAGUUUGUCUGAAGGGGAAACCUAGGCUCAGAGAAGGUCAGGAAGUCACUCCCAGGACAUCAACAUGUCUCAACCCCAGGGCUCUGGCCUCCCGGACUGUAUUCGAAGCACCACCUCUCCUCGCCGCCAUGGUCCCACAGUGCCCCCUGCUGGGGAUGUCCUCACCUCCGUCCCCAAAUUCACUGGGCUCCAGCCACCCCAGCCUCCCGGCUGGAUUGGCCAUCUGGGGUCACCGCCCAGGACCUUUGCACUGGCUGUUUCCCCUGCCUAAGCCUAAGGUGCCGUUCUCUUCUGCCUGGCCAACUCCUACCUUUGUUCAGGUCUCAACUUUCCUCAAUCCUCAGGAAAGCACUCUGGGACCCCCAGAUGGGGGUGGUUCCCAGGUUACCCCUGGCACAGUGCCCACCCCGUCCUUGGCAGCGUUCUUCACAACCUUGUUCAGUGGUUCCUUGAAUGAAUCACUUCUAUGUUACGAUUGAUCAUUAAGCAGGAGUGGUUCAAAAUCAGGGGCCCCACUGUAUCUCCGGUGCCUGGUCCAGCACCCCGUGCACGUUCAUUUGUUGCCUGACAGACAGACGGAGGCCGUGUGGCUGACCAUCCCGUGCACGCAGGCUGAGGAUGCAGCGCUGGAAGGCGGUGGCCUUGGCCUCGGUGCUCUGCAGCUCCGUGCUCUCCAUCUGGAUGUGUUGGGAAGGCCUGCUCCUCAGCCACCGCCUCGGACCCGCGCUUGCCCCGCUGCGCCGGCCGCCUCGCACCCUGGACGCUCGAAUCGCCCGCCUGGCCCAGUACCGUGCACUGCUGCAGGGCGCCCCGGACGCGGUGGAGCUUCGCGAACUGACGCCCUGGGCCGGGAGGUCCCCGGGUCCGCGCCGUCGGGCGGGUCCCCGGCGGCGGCGCGCGCGUGCGCGGUCGGGGACCCGGCCGUGCGGGCUGCGCGAGCUCGAGGUGCGCGUGAGCGAGCUGGGCCUGGGCUACGCGUCGGACGAGACGGUGCUGUUCCGCUACUGCGCAGGCGCGUGCGAGGCGGCGACGCGCGUCUACGACCUGGGACUGCGGCGCCUGCGCCAGCGGCGGCGAGUGCGGCGAGAGCGGGUGCGAGCGCAGCCCUGCUGCCGCCCGACGGCCUACGAGGACGAGGUGUCCUUCCUGGACACGCACAGUCGCUACCACACGGUCCACGAGCUGUCGGCGCGCGAGUGCGCCUGCGUGUGACCCUACCUCACCGGGCCUGGCGAGACGGCGGCCACGCCCCCCGCCCCGACAGCACCCACCGUCCCGCCUGGCAAGCCCCGCGACAGACUGCCCAUGCACAGAAAAUGCCGUCGAGAGCUCAGGACUCUCGCGAUAACUGUACCAAGAUAAAGUGUGGAAAAUCGAGCCCCGGCUGUGAUUACGCGCUCGGGGGGUGCCCACAUCUCGGAGGCGCAUGAGGGCGUACGGGGAGGAGGCGCCAUCUCCAUUGGGAAAAGGGGGACGGGUGCGGGUACCACCUGCAGGAUGGUGGAAGGAUUCCAUUUGCUUAGGGGUAAGAGGAAAGUGGAUGCAAAGAGGGUCUUGUUUCCGGGGUACAAAAAGGAAAGUGGGGUGAAUGGGGGGAUGUCGGCAGGGACCUUCUCUCCCACCUCUCUACAGGUCCCCGUGCCCCUUCCCUCCCCGCCUCCCUGCAAGGUGUCCUUCUGGGGAGGGAAGGUGUAACUACAGUGCAGAUGAGAAGACUGAGGUCCAGGUGGACCAGGUCUCCCUCACCCAACAGGCCUCCUCGGGCCUGGGCAGCUCUCACCAGGGUGAACUCGGAGCCACUAUCUCCUUUCACUAGCUAAAAAUAUAGCUCGCUGCCCAUCUCCCUGCGGGGAUAGGUCUGGGGCGGGCGCCAACCCCAUCCAGCCCGAAACCGGCGCCUGCUGCGGCAGAGCCGGGUCCCCAGGGACCUAGGUCCUGGGGCCAUAAAAGCUCUGGCCGGAGCCCGAGGGAGAAUUUACGACAAGCCCCUGUGGAGGAUGGAAAAAGUACGGUGCGGUGUUUAGAUUUGCCUGUGGUGUCACCUUGAUGCCUGGCAAGCCCAGGACUGCGCCGGGGAAUUGGGUUCCCAGCUGGCGGGGAGGGGUCGGCAGGUUGCACGGGCUGAGGAGGGGCGGGGAAGAGAGUGGGUGCUCCCAGCACGCACGAAGCUGGCACCCGGGAGACCAGACGGCGUGGACCCCUCCCCUUCUUCCCCUCAGACUAGGGGGGGUGGUCUCGAAGGCGCAACUCCCCCUUCCCAUACAGCUUUCCCUAGGGCAAAGUCGUCUCUCCUCUUCCCUCCCCCCACCCCAGACCGGGGCUCUCAGAGAACAGACCCUUCCCUCCUUUACUGCUGUGUCUCCUACACUGGCCCCUCCCCCCUUUUCCCACACAUCUGCGCUCUGGCCUUCCCAGACCCAACCCCCAUCCUGAAGCUGGAGGACUUGAUUCAGAAGCUGCCCCCAGGGAGUCUCACCCAGCCAGGCAGGAACACCCCCAGCUCCCUGCUCCCCAGCACCCGCCACGCCCCCAGGCUGCAGUUGGAGACACUGGAGUCAGCUAACAGGCAGGACUUCCAGGGAGCUCCGAGAGCAGGGCUUGGAAGCCAGGUACCAAACCGUGGGUGGCCUGCUUGGAAGGCAAUUUCAGAACAGGCUGGCUGGCUGGGGCCCCCACCCAUCCCUGCAAUCUUCUGACUCUGAGGUUUGGGGUGGUGGAUUCCUACACUGUUUGGGCUGACUCAGCCCAGCCAUGCAGAAAAGCCAGAGUUCCCAGACGCUGGGGAAGCUGAGCCUCAGUUUCCCCAUCCUAGAAGACCCUGAGCCUCAGAGAGGGAAGUUGCUCAGUCCAGGACACACAGCAGGAAAAUUGGCCUUGGAGCCCGGGUCUCUGGUCCCUGAAGCUUGGCUGCCUUGGUGUGAGUGUGAGUGUGAGUGUGUGUGUGUGCGUGCGUGCACGCAGCCUCCUGGGACCUCGGCCUUCCCAUCUCCCACCCAGAUCCAACCACAGGGCACUGGCCCAGCCCACCAGAGAAUUGGAACGUAAACAGAGGUGCCCCCGCAGACCCCAAGGCUGGGGUUCUCAGCAGUGCGUGCCACACACACACACACACACACACACACACACACACACACACACUCACACACACAGGGCACAGAGACUGCCACCCACACAGGGCUUAGGAUCACACGCAGACCCACAGUCCGCAUGCUUACAUGCUCAGUGGUCAGGCACACUCAGAGAGGGGCGUCCUCAAGGUCACCUGCAAGAACACAGGGGCCCCCUGUUCAGUCACACGCGGCCACGCCCACCCUCACUCCAAGCCCCACGUGGUCGUCCCCUGUCACACCCGCUCUCACAGUCACACGCGCCGCGUCACACCCUCUCCCCUUGCCCUCCUUUGGGAGCAGUUCCUGCCCCUCCUCUAUCCUUGCGCUAGGUGUAGAACGUCCCCUUGUCCCAGCCCUGCCCCACGUGGACCCCCAGACAGCCCCGCCCCCAGUCCCACCCCCUCUGCGCCCCAGUCUCCCGGGCACUGUAGGCUGUUGAGCAGCAUUUCUGGCCCCCUCCCACUCGAUGCUAUCAGCCCACCCCCAGGUUGUGACAACCACAGAUGUCCCCAGACACUCCAAGCGUCCCCUGGGAGCAGAAUCGUCCUGGAGUGAGAACCGCUGAUCUGGAGUAAGGGAGGACACACCAGUUUCCUCAGAGCAUUCCCAUCUCGAAAAUGGUGUCAGUAUUGCCAACCUGCAUACCCCCGAGGCGGUUCAUUGACAAAGCAGCAGUACUCACAGGCCCAUCCACCAGAGCCAUCACCAGUGGGCGGGGCACCAAGGCCAGUUCCCCAGGGGGUGUCUUGGUGCGUGCCCAGCAGCCACAGCCCCUGGUAGAUGACACCCCCGCCCCCAGCAGGUGAAGCUCCUAGCAAGCGAGGUCCCACAGAAGCAACAACAUUCCUGGCAGCAGAGGGGCCCAGCAGGGGAAGCCCCAGGUAAGGGAGCGCUCCACCCACCAAGGUCCCCAGAUGCCCAGCAGCCCAGGCCCCAGGCUGGCUGGCUCACGUGAACCAAGACGUGAUACUGGGCACCGUCCGGUAGUUGGGAUUCUGUUGCAGCCGCUAGCAGGCCUGACAGAACAUCAAGCCCCAGCUGAAGGAUCUGGGCCGCAGCGUCUCCCGCCAGCGGAAGCAGCUCGGGUAGAGGGUGUGGUCCUUGACCAGCGCCAGCAGAUAAUGGGUCAAGUCCUUGGGGCUCUGAAAGUCUUCAGGUGGCAGGAACUGUUCAUAGUUCCUCCUGCUGGGGCCCAGCACCACUGACACUGCCCAGGCCUGCAGGGCGUUCCUCCACAGCUUCUCUGUGAUAUAGUCAGGGUGCAAGGAGUUCUUGAAAGCCAGGUAAAACUUGUACUGGGACAGCCUGUUGGUCAUGACCUCCCGGGGCAGUGGCAUGUGGGAGCGUCCAUACACAUCCAUUUGGAGGUGAGGCUGCAGCUUCUGAUAGGACUGCACCCGACCGAGUCCACCCUCCAGUUGGCCACCACCCAGGCCACCAGCUUGGUCUUGGCCGAGACGUUCACCAGUGUGUCUACAGGCUGGCCAGGCCAUGGCUCACGCUAGCUGUACGGCGUGAAGAUAUCUGAGUCCUGGCGGUAGGACACCGUGAGGGUGAAGUAUCCGUCCAGGGCCUUCAGUUGGGGGCAGUUGCUGGGCGAUUCCAUGCUGAACCAGACCCAGCGCUAGCUGGGGGGCCGCAGGGAAGGCGUGAGCUGUGCCUUAGGCCUGGAGCUGACCUUUCGGUGACGCACAAAGACCGCAUCCGCCCGAGGGUACUCGCUGCGGUUGACAGUCAGGUGGCAGUCGGCUGUGCCGGGCCACAUCUCCGAGCAGUGGGACAGAGCCACUGGGGUGUUGAAUAGCCACGUCCACAGCAGGAGACGCAGAGGCGGGCGGGUGGAGGGCCCUGCAGUGGCCUGGGAGGGGGCCCCCAAUUCGGGGACCCAUGUGGGCUUGUCUCGGGACACACGCAGGUAGGAGGAGAAGCACGGAGCCAGAAGCAGCUGCAGCAACAGCCCGGGGAGACAGUGGUGGCAGGAACAUUUUACCUUGGCCCAGCCAGGUGGAUCCAUGGGUCAGAGAGGAGCUGGGAGGAGGGGACAGUGAACACAGCAUCACUGCUAACAAAAAUAAUAACACAUGCCGAGCGGGCAGAUGCAGGUUACCCAAGUUCAUCUUUACGAGUCCUGAGGUAGGAGGCACUGUUCUCAUCCCUAUUUUACAGACGAGAAAACUGAGGCCAAGGACUCAAUGCAAGAAAACGGCAGAACUGUAAUUCCAACAGAAAGCAUCUAGCUUCAGAGCCCACUUAUUCCUACCCACUAGGCUACAUGAUCUCUGGACCUGGGAUAGAUUCCGAUGGCUCUCAGGUCCCACCUUGACCUUGACCCUGCCCUUUCCCAGCUUUCCCAGAGUCUUUCCCAGCCUAGGGAGAAGACAGAGCUGGUUACAAGAUGCUCCCCAGUGCCCUGGAGCUGAGGCUUGGAGCCAGGGCUCUGCCUGGGAGAGGUACAAUGUGAUUACGUUGGAAGGUUAUCUGAGGGCUCACCAGGUAGUGUAGGAGUUGGGGGAAAGGGCAUUCCUGGUGGACGAAACAGCCAACGCAAAGGUCCGGAGGUGACGGAGAGCCUGACAAGUUUAUGGGGAGAGCACAGGAAGUGCUCAGGGAAUAAGCGUCCAAAGAUGGCCCCCCUGGUCCCACACUGGGGGAUCCUGGGCGGCCUCUUGGCCUGGCCGAUGUCUUUCCACUCCCCGGUCCUUUCCGUUCCUGCAGGCGGUCACAAAGUCCUCCCAGACUCCAAACCCCAACCACCAGAGCGGAAUCUAGGACUUCGGCCCUGCCCCUCUCCACUUCCUGCGGCCCUGGAGACACCCAUUUUACAGAUAAGAAAACGGAGGUUCUGAGCGAUAGAUAUGUCUCGUGCCCAAAUACACACAGCUACAGCCCUUACGAUCCAGAAUCCAAACUCUCUCCUCUUAAUGUAAUUCCAAACUCCUCUCCCUCUUUGCAGGUGGAGCUCUGAUCUACAGCCUGGCACUGUCCACUAGAACUUUCUGCCAUCGUGGAAAUGUUCUAUAUCUGCACCAUCGCGUGCACCCUAUGGCUCUUGAGUCCUUGAAAUGCAGCUGUUGUGUUGGACAGAGUUUUUAAUGCUAAAUUAAAUUUAAAAAAGGUUCUCUCUUCUGUAAAUCGAAGACAACUUCAAGAUAAAAAGUAAAGGCAAAGCCAAAAACAGCCUCUGAUAGCCAAUUCAAUGAUUGGAAAAACUUGACAGUACAUUUGGGACCUCCUGGAAGGGCAAAUCUGCUCCAGCGAGACAUUUUUAUGGAGUCUAAUUACAGAUCAAGGAUCUACGACGAAAACUGAGUGUCCGAAUUAGGUGUGCUGGGGGUGUGAAAUACACCCUGGUUUCUAAGACUUAGGACGAGAACGAGACAGUAAAAUUAUCUCAAUACUUCCUCUGUUCAUUACACAUUUAAACAAUACUACUUUGGAUCUGUUGGGUUAAAGAAAGCAUAUUAUUAAAAUUAAUUUCACCUGCGUCUUUUACAUUUUUAAAGUCGUGGCUACUAGAAAAAUAUUAAUUACACGUGUGGCUUGUGUUCUGUUUCUACUGGACAGCAUGUGCUGCUCUAGAAUUUCUAAAAAAGGGAAAUGAGGGAUAAUGACUCAUUAUUUGAAACGCACUCACCCUCUGGCCAGAGGGAUUGGUGCAAAUGCCCACAGACAUGCCAACAAAACAAGGGCGUUUUGGAUAAGCUACCUGUCCAUUGAUGUGGGACUGGUCGAAUUACUAUCCCUUCUGACAACAGAAUACUAUGCAGUUGUGAAAAAUGAAUAAAAGCCUGGUUUUGGUAUUAGGGUAUCUUUGUCUGAAAAAACUUAAAAUAGAACUACCAUAUGAUCCAGCAAUCCCACUCCUGGGCAUAUAUCAGGAGAAAACCAUAAUCUGAAAAGAUACACGCACCCCAGUGUUCAUUGCAGUACUAUUUACAAUAGCCAAGACAUGGAAGCAACCUAAAUAUCCAUUCACAGAGGAAUGGAUGAAGAAGAUGUGGUACAUAUAUACAAUGGAAUAUUACUCAGCCAUGAAAAAGAAAGAAAUAAUGCCAUUUGCAGCAACAUGGAUGGACCUAGAAACUAUCAUACUAAGUGAAGUAAGUCAGAAAGAGAAAGACAAAUAUCAUGUGAUAUCACUCAUAUGUGGAAUCUAAUUAAAAAUGAUACAGAUGAACAUAUUUACAAACUAGAAAUAGACUUACAGAUACUGAAAACAAACUUCUGGUUACCAAAGGGGAAACGUGGUGGGGAGGGAUAAAUCAGGAGCUUGGGAUGAACACACACACACUACUAUAUAUGAGAUAGAUAACCAACAAGCACCUACUGUAUAGCACCGGGAACUCUACUCAAUAUUCUGUGAUAACCUAUAUGAGAGAAGAAUCUGAAAAAGAAUGAAUAUAUGUAUAUGUAUAAUGGAAUCACUUUGCUAUACACCUGAAACUAACACAACUUUGCAAAUCAACUAUACUCCAAUAAAAUUAACAUAAAAAUUUAAAAAAAUGAAUAAAGCCACUGUAUUGGCACAGCUCUGCAGGGUGGAUCCAGGUUUUCUGGAAGCUGAACUUCCAUAUUUUGGGAGCCUCUCUAAGAAACGGCAAAGAAAAUUGAGUCCAGACUUAGAUACAGAAAGUAAUCUUUAUUUAGGGGUCCCUGAAGCUUAAGCUUCAUCCACUUCAUGGUAAAUCCAUGUCUGCCUGAUAAAAAACAGGUUCCAGAAUUAAGUAGCUGGGUCUAAAUCUGCACCAUCCAAUAUGGGGGCCACUAGCCCCAUGUGGCUAAUGCAACAGAGGAACAGAAAUUGUGAAUGUCAGUAAAUUUCAAAUGUAAAUUUAAAAACUGAACAACGUAAAACAAGUUUGUUUUUUUUUAAUGAAACACUACCCCUUUCACUCCAGCCGUUGAAAAUUUAGCAUCCAAAUAGAAACGUCCUUAAAGAGUAAAAUACACGCCAGAUUGCCAAGAUUUCAUAUGAAAGAAAGAAUGUAAAAUAUCCUAUGUAAAGUAGCUCAUUAGUAAUUUUCUAUGUCGAUUACAUAUUGAGAUAAUGCUUUGGAUGUACGGGGUGAAAUAAGAUAUAGCAUUAAAAUUAAUUUUACUGGUA